ACAUAAAGCUGAGCAUCACAGUGGGUUUCAGUGCAUUCAGCGUCUGAUCAAAGAGGGAAGAAGAAGAAAUGUCCUGCCUGAAGAAUUUCAGUCUCCUCAUCUCAUGUGUGCUCCUCUUCAUCAUCCAGCCAGGUCGUGGUUCUGAGAUUAUUAAUGGGAAAGAAGUCGAGCCACACUCACUGCCUUACAUGGCCUAUCUUAGAACUGUGACUAAUUCUUGGUGUGGAGGGACAUUAAUCCAUCCACAGUGGGUGCUGACAGCCGCCCACUGCACUGGGAGUUACUGGGUGACGCUGGGAGCCCACUCCAGAACGAAAAACGAACAUUCCAAGCAACUCCGAGUCGUCGAGAAAAGUUUUCCUCAUCCUGACUACUGUUGUGCAAAGCACGACAAUGACCUCAUGUUGCUGAAGCUUAAAGAACCGGUGAGGAAAACCGGGGAGUCAAGUGGCUCAAGUUUGGCGACACCUGAGAGACCCGGCAGCUGGCAGCACGUGUCUGGUGGCCGGAUGGGGAGUAACCGAAACAAAACGAAACAUCAGACGUCCUCAGUCUGUCAAUGUGACUGUGGUCGGACAGGCAGAGUGCAACUCUCGGUGAUUAUUACGAACCACGACCCUGUUAUCACUGAUGACAUGAUAUGUGCUGGUUCAGAUGGUACAAACGUCGCUGAUACCUGUCAGGGGGAUUCAGGAGGCCCGCUGUUGUGCGAUGGAGCGCUGGUUGGAGUCACUUCUUUUGGACGGGGUUGUGGUUCAUUAAAAAACCUGGAGUCUACUCGUUUGUCUCAGGAACAAGCUGAAUGGAUCAAGAAACGAUUAGUCAAGUUAAAUGUCAUGAAAGCAGGUGAUCUCUCGAAACAGGAGAAUCUUUGA